GUCGUAAUGCAUCUACUGUGCCCUCCCCUGCGCUCUUCCCCUUCUCCCCUCCCCAAAAGAUCGCACGAAUCCCUUUUCCGGGUUCCAGUUCUCGCAGAUCUGCCCGUUUCCGUGAUCGCGGAAAACCCUAGGUCUUGUGAUUUCCUCGGCUAAUCCCCCGCAUUUGGGCGGUUCGUUCGAGUUCGGUCCUUUGCGUCGUUGCUGCCUGCAGCAUUGUGGACUCGUAAAAGUAGGCUUUCGUCUCAGCACCUCUUUAAUCUAUAACAGGGUGAUCACUCCAUGAAUAUGUUGUCCAAGUUGCUCGGCUUAUAGAAUCAGGUGGUAAGAAUUUUAUUCAAAUCAUGGAGGCCGAGUUGUGUUCAGCCCGGACCCUAUCUACAUCUCGGGAGGAAAGUGGUGAUGAAGAGCUAUCGGUGCUUCCCAGGCACACUAAAGUCAUAGUAACUGGUAACAACAGAACAAAAUCUGUUUUAGUCGGGCUUCAAGGUGUUGUGAAGAAAGCUGUUGGUCUUGGUGGCUGGCAUUGGCUGGUCCUAAAGAAUGGGGUGGAGGUGAAACUACAAAGAAACGCAUUGAGUGUCUUAGAAGCUCCUACAGGAAAUGAAGACGAUGAUAAUAAUAUUGACUGUGACAACUCAUUCUGCAGUAGUUCAGCUGUGGGAUACAAAGACAUUGCUUACUCUAGCUUAGAGUUCCAUAAACCGACAAAACCAAGAGUUAGGCAUACCAGGCCAUGGACAUCUUUGGCAAAGUCGAAUGGACGAAGCAACCAUCGAGGCACUACUCACUCUAAUGGUCACAAGAUGAGAGUAAAUCUGGCAAAGCUUGGAACACCCACCUUAUGGAGAUAUGGGAGGCAUUUCAAUCUUGUAAACAUCAACCCUAACCCUACAAAGGAACAGCUGAUUCAUGUGGUGCAGAGUCAUUUCCGCUCACAGCAACUGGAUGAGAUGCAAGUCAUCGUAGGCUUCAUCCAAGCUGCAAAGAGAUUGAAAACUCUCUACUCCUAGAGAAGAAAAAAGGAACAAAGCGGUGCGGCAGGAUCGACAGACACGAGUAAUUAGCAUAGAUCUGAUCAACUGGUGAAGUAAGAAAUCCGUGUGCUUGAACUAAUUAGCCAAUUAGUUGGUGCAAUUCAUGCCAAACCAACUUGAAAGAAAUUGUAGUGUGAUGAUACUAACCAUGCUGUCUAAUGAUUUAUGUUGUAGUCAAGUUAAGAACAUGUGUAUCAGUGCAGUCUCUUUUAGAGGUUGCAGCAACCCAACUCCAAAAAUCUUACACAGGAAAAGCCAGCUGAUGAGCUCCUAAAUUAACAUGGACAACUGGUUGGUUUAUUAUGAUGUAUCAUCGAGUGUGUUCAUCCAAAAACAAUCAUUUUAUGUGCUUCUCUCUCAA